AUGGAUGAUUCGAGUGAAUAUGAUUCUAACAAUGAAAUAUGUUCAGAAUCUAAUAAUAAAACAUCUUCAGAAUCUGACGAAUCAAGUCGUUCUUCUAAAGAAUGUGAUAACUUUUCUGAUGAUGAGAACAGUGACAGCACAAUCAAGUGGAAUUACAAUGUUCCAAAGAGAAAAUUAAAACCAUUCAAUGAUCAAUCCAAUAUAUUACAUCAAUAUGGUUUCAAAUUUCGUCCAAUUGACGCUUUUAUGCUAUUAUUUACAGAACAAUUAUUUGAACUGAUCUGUAAACAAACAAAUAUUUAUGGACAACAAAAACAUGACAAAAAGUGGACAAAAUUAACAUCAUUGAACUUAAAAAAUGGAUCGGAAUAA